CCAGCUGAGAAUCUCAUGGCCUCUCUCACAACAUAGAGAGAAACCCAGAAAAAAACACUUCUAACACAAAAUGGUGCUACUCCAUCAUCUUCCACGUAGCCACAUCUCCCUCUUCACCCACUUCACCCACUUCUCAAAACCCAAACCCCCCACAACCCUAAACCCCAUCUUCUUCUCCUCCCCCAAAUCCACUCUCUCAAUCUCUGACCCCAUCCCCACCUCACCUCUCCCAGAAUCCCACAUCGAAACAGCCCUCGAAGAUUUCCACACCCAGUUCCAAAUCCCGGUCGAGAAGCUCUUCGUGCCGCCGGAGACCGAGCUCAAGUACACCGAGUCCGGUGCCCUGAGCACCAGAAUAUUGAAGGGGUCGAAUAUUUUGCUGAGCAAGUAUGCUAGGGACGCUCAGGUGACUCAGGCUGAGUUUGUGAAGAGCAGUGUGAGGACUGAGGAUUGCCCCGGGAAUCCGUUGCCGGAGUUUGCGCUCGUCGGACGGUCUAAUGUCGGCAAGUCAUCGUUGCUUAAUUCUCUUGUGCGAAGAAAGAAGCUAGCUUUGACCUCCAAGAAGCCUGGGAAGACACAAUGCAUCAAUCAUUUUCGGAUCAAUGAUAGCUGGUAUCUGGUGGAUUUGCCAGGCUACGGGUAUGCAGCUGCACCACAGGAACUUAGAACUGAUUGGGUGAAGUUUACUAAAGAUUACUUCCUGAAUAGGUCAACAUUAGUUUCCGUUUUUCUUCUGAUUGAUGCCAGCAUUCCUGCCAAAAAGAUUGAUCUGGAGUAUGCUAGUUGGCUGGGCCAGAAUCAGAUCCCUAUGACAUUAAUAUUCACCAAAUGUGACAAGCGGAAGAAGAAGAAAAACGGAGGAAAAAGAGCAGAAGAAAAUGUGAAUGACUUUCAGGAGUUAAUUCGAGGCUACUUCCAGACAACGCCACCAUGGAUUAUGACCAGCAGUCUUACCAAUCAGGGUCGAGAUGAGAUGUUAUUGCAUAUGGCUCAGCUGCGGAAUUAUUGGCUCAAGCACUAGGAAUAUCUGAAGUAUGCCUUCCUAUUUUCAAGUAGCUAUCAUGGCAUCCAAGUACAAGAGGCUGGUAUUAAAAACCUCACCUCUACAGAUGUACGUAUGGCAAAGCAAACAUGGUAAUAUGUUAACUUUUGGCAGCUGCAAAUUCCUUCAUCGAGCAGAUUCAGAUGUGCUCCGUUGCAGGCAUUGCUCAAUCGUGAAAGCCAGUAGUGGAUUAGUUUUGUUGGCAUGACGAUGUAGGAUGUUGUACUAGUAUUUUGCAGCAAGUAUAAUUCUGUUUUAAG